AUGUUAUAUUUAACUGGAAGAGACACCAUUCACAGAAAAUAUAAUGUGAAUGAAGCACCCCUGAGUGCCAUUCACAGAACAUACAAUAUGAAUGGUGCCUCCUGGAGUUGUGCUUUGCCACCUUGGUGCUAGGGCUAAGUGCUCAGGAAAUGUUUGUCAAACGAGUGAAUGAAUAGAAUCCAAUUUUACUUCCAGCUCAUUCCACCUCCAAAGGUAAAAAUUGACCAGGGGUGAAGAGAGUGGAGAGGAGGAAAGGCAGUCAUUAAUCUACACACACACUAAUUAUGCAUCUAGCUACAAGGCGUCAAUGCUCCAAUGAGACGAGUGUGUGUGUUUGUGCUGGUGGUAGUGUGGGGAGGAGGGAUGAUACUAAAGCGAGUGUUCUCCUAUUCCCAAAGAUCCUCCUGUUAAUUUUUCUUGAAAUAGCACACCUCUCCUAUCUCAGCGUGGUCUGAAUCACAGUGGUGAUUUGACAGCCCUGGUUUGGCACCCAAAUUCUUACGAUGAAUUACGUUGUUCAUUUACUUAAAAAAACAACAAACACAAAAGCAAAAACAAACAGAAAAACAACGCGUUCUUAGCGAGCGCCUACCCUGAGGCAAAUUCUGUACUAGUGCUGGUAGUAGAGUGGUAAACAAGACAAAGAGACCACUGUGUGUUAUAGCACCCUCCAGGUAUUAUCACCCGCAGAAGUAGUGUUUGAGACUAAAAGAAUCAUUAGGAGUGAUAGCAAGAGUGAUACAGACGAGGUAGAGCCACGGGGCUUGAGAGACAUGACCCCUUGAAGGGAGUCUGGGGCAGACGAGUGAGGGAGACCAGUAGGCAGGGGCCAGAUCUUGCAGGGCUUGUGGAGUUAUGAUUUUAUCUUGAGGCAAGUGGGAGCCAGUAAAGAAUUUUAUGAAGGAGGAUGACACGGUCAACUUUUAAUUUUUGGAAAUAGAGCAUGGGCUGGAGGGGUAUAAGUAGAAGUGGGGGGAUGUGUUAAGAGGCUAAUGCGGCUGCCUCGACGACAGAUGAUGAUGUCUUUAAAUAGGAUGGCGGUGCCAGUGGAGAUGGAGAUAAAUGGACAGUUCCGGGUACAUUAGGGAGUGGAAACCCGACAGGGCUGGGGACAGAAAACUAGCCCUACAUAAAACUAGCCCUACCUCAAAUAAAGAGGCCCUGGAAAAGAAAGAAGACGGAUGUUGAUAAAAUACCACCUAUUUUGCUUCUUAACCCACCUGGUGUCUCCCCUCCCCUAACCCUGACGUCCGUUAUAUGCAGAUAACAUUAAGGCGAGGGGCGGGGCAAGCGCCCCAAAAAAUCCGGGAACGUUUAUUUAAACUGGGGUGGACUUCAGCGGAGAAUAGAUGAAAGAACACAAGGCACUUCCGGUUACUCCGGAAGUGAAGACUCCUAAGCUCCUCCGCCGGCGGAGGGCCAGGGUGAAGGGAUGGCUGGACGAACGGUGCGGCUGGUGCGGCUGGUGCUGCUGGCUGGGGCAGCCGCACUAGCAAGCGGCUCCCAGGGUGAUCGCGAGCCGGUGUACCGCGACUGCGUGCUGCGGUGCGAGGAGCGGAACUGUUCGGGGGGAGCACUGAAGCACUUCCGCUCCCGCCAGCCAAUCUACAUGAGUCUAGCAGGCUGGACCUGUCAAGAUGACUGUAAGUAUGAGUGUAUGUGGGUCACCGUUGGCCUCUACCUCCAGGAAGGUCACACAGUGCCUCAGUUCCAUGGCAAGUGGCCCUUCUUCCGGUUCCUGUGCUUCCAAGAACCAGCUUCUGCUGUGGCCUCUUUCUUCAAUGGCCUGGCCAGCCUGGUGAUGCUGUGUCGUUACCGCACCUCCGUGCCAACCUCAUCCCCCAUGUACCCCACCUGUGUGGCCUUCGCUUGGGUCUCUCUCAAUGCUUGGUUCUGGUCCGCAGUCUUCCACACCAGGGACACCGACCUCACGGAGAAAAUGGACUACUUCUGUGCCUCCACUGUCGUCCUGCACUCAGUCUACCUGUGCUGUGUCAGGACCGUGGGGCUGCAGCGCCCGGCCGUGGCCAGUGCCUUCCGGGCCCUCCUGCUGCUAAUGCUGACGGCGCACGUCUCCUACCUGAGCCUCGUCCGCUUCGACUAUGGCUACAACCUGGCGGCCAACGUGGCUAUCGGCCUGGUGAACGCAGCGUGGUGGCUGACCUGGUGCCUGUGGAAUCGGCAGCGGCUGCCCCACGUGCGCAAGUGCAUCGUGGUGGUCCUGCUGCUGCAGGGGCUGUCCCUGCUCGAGCUGCUAGACUUCCCGCCUCUCUUCUGGGUCCUGGAUGCCCACGCCAUCUGGCACGUCAGCACCAUCCCUGUUCACGUCCUCUUCUUCAGCUUUCUGGAAGAUGACAGCCUCUACCUGCUGAAGGAGUCAGAGGCCAAGUUCAAACUGGACUGAAGGCCCUGGAAGCGGGUCUGCCCUCUUGGGGACUCUGUCCCUCCCUGCUGGCUCCCCUUCUUCCCGCCCCUCCCCACCCCAAUCCUUGAGAUGCCUUUUUUUCCUUUUAGCAUCUUGAACUUGGACAUGGAGGGUGUGGGACCAGAAUCAUGUAACCUGCCCACCCCCUUGCUCACCCCGACAUGGCCCUCACAGGUCUUGGCGUCGGUUCAGACCUGGCCUCGUAACAUCUGGGGCUGGAAAAUGGGCAACCCCUCUGGUCCCUGGAACUGAACUGGGCUGGAACUGUGUUCUCAGCUCCACCGAGAGGAGGGCUGCCUCUCCCUCCCCAUCAGCCUCCUCCUCCCAUCCCCUCACUGCCUGGGUGCUUCCCGGAACCCUCUGUCUAGCUGGGAGACCAGGUACCACAGGCCUUUGGGGAUAUAGUGGGGUCCCCUUCUGUUACCCCCGUGCCCUCCUCUGGGGCACCACUAGGUGGCACUAGAUGCUUGCUCUUUGGCUGCCCAAGUUUCAAGGCAGGUCCCAUUCUCCCCAUGGGAUCUAGAGGGACCAAGCUGUUGGGAUUGGGGAGCAGUCACACCCAGACUAUUGCCCCAGUCAGACCCCCAGGAGGCCUCACCACACUCCCUGUUCGGGGCCAGGACCCCAGAGAACCCAGGACAGGAAUCCCUCUGGCCCCUGUGUUGCUGUUCUGGUUGGGAGCCCGCACGUGAGUGUGUAAGGGAGACCAAGUGUGUAGGUGACGGGAUGGUGGACAUGGGCCUGGGGUGUGUGGGAUGCUGGGUGGGGCAGUGUGUGUGAGCGUUGGCCUUGUGCAGUGUGGAAAGUGGGGGUGUAUGUGAGUGGUUUUGAAGUGUGGUGUUGGGGGGUCGGCGGGUUAGUGUGGGUUAGGGGAACGUGCAGAGACUGAGAGGAAGUGCAGGGGAGUGUGAAUGCCACACGGUGGGGGGGAGAAUCAAAGCCAUUUACUGAGCACCAACCCUAUACACAGCCUCAGGCCAGGCAGAAAGCCAGGGUGUCCCCAAGAUCUGGCAGGGGUAAGGGCGUCCAGGCUGCAUGUGUGUAUGUGUGUUCCUUUCUUUUGCCCCCCUCUUUACGAACCUCACUGGGCUUCUGCACAACCUAAGAUCUCCCCCAGAAUCAGCCCCUUGGGAGGCAGAAGGAGGAAGAAAAAUGGGGAUCCUCCUCGCCUGGACAUGGUUGGCCAGCCCCUACCCCAGCGCCCUGCCUGCUAAGCCCCUUUGCCACUGCCUGACCCAGGGGAGGGAGGGGGCAGUCUGAGGGAGGAGGGGAGAAGCCUUUGGCUAGGUCUGGUUUCUGGUCUUGCCAGAGGCAGUCAGGGGCCGUGCUGUACCUACACCCUGGUAAAGGUGACCCCUGCCAGUUGCCAGCAGCCAUAGCACAUUCCUGCUCCACAAGGACAGAAUGUGGAGCUGCAGAAACUUUCCAUCCAAAGGCAGUCUCUGUGACGGGAGCAAGGGGUCUGGAUUGUUGCUUUUUCUCUGCCCUCUUGCCUCUCCCUGGGGGUAAGGGCGCUGAGCUAGGACUCCAACCUCAGGGACUUGGGUGACCUGUAACUUCUUUUGAUACUGAGAACUAUUUUAAGGUAGGAGGGUGGCAAGGGACAUUCUUAAUAAACCAAUUCUCAGACUCA